UCAAGAUUACAAAUCCUGAUAUCCUUGCUUUCAAGUUCCAAUCUUCUCAUGGCUCACCCACAUGUGCUGCAUGCAUAUUUUGUUAUACAAUUCAUAAUAAUCAGUUUUGUUUUUAUAACACCAGGUUCAUCAAGGCCAUGGCCACACACUUCAUUCCCAUCAUCACUCCCAAACGAAACCAUAGAUACAAAGCUUUGUAAAGACACCAGUUGCAUCAAAACAGCCUCUUCAGAUUACGGAAAUAUCAUUCAAGAACUCCCUUUCGGCGUUCUAUAUCCUUCCUCAGUUUCCGAUAUCAAACACCUGGUUGAAUCCUCUUACAAUUCCACUACACCUUUCACUAUCGCAGCCCGUGGCAAUGGGCAUUCAGUUAGGGGACAAGCCAUGGCCAAAGAUGGGGUGGUUGUGAAUAUGGGAUCGAUGAGUAGUAAUGAAAAUGAAAGGAUUUCUGUUAAUGGAAACUCUUCUGUAGGGUUUUAUGCAGAUGUCGGAGGUGAGCAGCUGUGGAUCAAUGUCUUGGGGACGACACUUGAUCAUGGACUUGCACCAGUUUCGUGGACGGAUUACUUGUAUCUUACUGUUGGUGGUACGCUCUCUAAUGCAGGAAUUAGCGGACAAUCGUCAUUCCAUGGUCCUCAGAUCAGCAAUGUUCUUGAAAUGGAUGUCAUUACAGGAAAGGGAGAUUUCGUUACUUGCUCCAAAAACAUGAACUCUGAUCUCUUUUAUGCUGUUCUUGGUGGUCUUGGCCAGUUUGGGAUCAUAACUAGAGCAAGAAUUGUUCUAGACAAGGCACCAAACAGAGUGAAAUGGGUACGACUAAUUUACAAAGAUUUUUCCAAAUUCACGAAGGAUCAAGAGCAUUUGAUCUCAGUUGAUGGGUUCGAUUAUGUGGAAGGCUCUUUGAUCAUGAAAAAUACUCCUGCAAGCGAUUUUUUCUCGCCUUCUGAUGAAUCCAUGAUAAACUCGCUGGCCUCCGAAAAUGGCAUUUUAUACUGCUUAGAAGCAGUCAAAUAUUACGAUGAUCAUAUCAUAAACACCAUUGAUGAGGAACUUGAAAUGAUAUUGACAGGAUUGAGCUUCGAAUCUGGGUUUAUUUUCAAGAAAGAUGCAACUUUUUUCGAUUUUCUGAAUAGAGUAAGAGAUGAAGAGCUUCUGCUUCAAUCAAUAGGGCUAUGGGAUGUCCCUCAUCCAUGGCUAAAUCUCUUCAUUCCAAGAUCAAGAAUUAUGGAUUUUAAUGAAGGUGUUUUUGUCGAUAUUAUUCAGAAACAAAACAGGAGUAGCUCAGGGCCAUUCCUCGUCUACCCAAUUAACCGAAAGAAGUGGGAUGAUAAUAUGUCAGUUGUUAUACCAGAAGAUGAUGAAGAUAUGUUCUACACCGUUGCAUUAUUAAACUCGGCUAAGGAUUACAAAGAUUGGGCGAUUAUGGAUGAACAAAAUACGGAGAUUUUACAGUUUUGUGAUAAAUCUGGGAUCAAGGUCAAGCAAUACUUUCCACAUUACGGAAAGAAAGAAGAAUGGAUGAAGCAUUUCGGCAAGAAAUGGGAUAUCUUUAACGAGAGGAAAGCUCAGUUUGAUCCAAAAAUGAUACUCUCUCCUGGACAAAGAAUUUUUAAUUCUGAAUGAAGUUUUUUUAUGUAAUAACUAUUUUAUGUCGCAUUUAUGUAUGAAAAAAUAAUUUAGGUAAUGCACUUUAGUUUUUUAAAUGUUAUAGGAAUAAUAUAUACUCUUAAUUAUGGAUCAAGAACACCGUAGGGUUAAUUUAUUGUAAUAUUGGCAUAUAUGACCCCAUAUAUUAAUAUUAAUAUAAUAUGUGUGUAUGAUAUC